AGUUUGCUUUGCUUCUAUUUAGUUUUAGCUUUGCUUUGCUUCUCUUAGCUUCGUUUUAUUUUAUUAUUAUUUUUUAUUAGCACUCAGACUCCGUGUACCUUUAUUUUGAAAUAUGGUGAAGUUGCGCUUUUAAUUUAUCCUUGAUCAACGCUUCCUUGUUUUUGUUACUACAGCGCUAACGAAAACAAACGGCGGCAAACAUUUGAAUGCGUCGCUUUUUGCAUCAGUUUCAGAAAAGUAACUUAAGUUAUAAAGUUAUACGUUUUGUUAGGAAGAUCUUACUUGUGAGAUCUAACCACUGUGUUUAGCAAGAAAGUUGUUUUGUUUCUAUAGGUGACAUCUGCGUCUGUCAAUGUGAGAUGUCCUUAGUGCGUAUGAACCGUCAUUUAUAUGGUCAAAGACCCGUGCGAACCAAGAAGGUGUCUGCACCCAAGAAGGAAUGGGUGAGCACAGUCAAUGAUCUUUCGGUACAUAAAGCAACACCAGAUGAACUGGCCAGACGCCAUGAGAAGCACAGGUCUCAGAACAGGGUUGCGGCACAGUGGGAAUUAAGAGAAAAUGCAUCACGCCGACGGAUGAAGAAUCAGCCCCCCAGCCCACCAGGACUUGAUAAAGCCAGGCUCAACAUCAUCAGAGAGGUAUUCUCUGACCAGUGCCAGUUGCGGGAUGUUAUUGCACGUUCAGACAAAGCUUUGGCUCUAGUGAAAGACCUGUUUGGGGAUGAACCCCGUCGGCACACAGGGUUCCCCACCAUUACAAUGGCACCUGAUUGUGACUCAGACUCUGAUCUUCCUGUUCAACAAAGACCUGAUCCUCCCACACAGCUGUCACUACUCAGCCAAUCUAUGAUGGAUCAACAGGCACUGAAUGAAUUGGAGGAGUUCGAAGAGGAAUAUGACGAAGAAGAUCUAGACACUUUAGAACACUUCAGUUCUGCUUCUGAAAUGCACAGAAAAAGAAAUAAAUGCAGGACAAAGUCCUUGCCAUGUGGCUCAAAAUAUCUGGACCCAAAGCUACCUCGAACACCACGUGGUACCAGAGAACCAAAGGACAAAUCGGCCCUGAAUGCCACAGUUGCACUACAACGCUUAAAAUCAAGUCAGACUCAGCCUGACACAAGUCAGUCUACGUUACAAGUCGACCAGGUUCUCAAUCCUGAGUCUGCUUCCACUAAAUCAGGUCCUAAGGGCAGUAGAGGGCGCUCAAGAAACACCACCGGUCUAAACGGCUCAGGAUUGAGUUCUUUGGGAGGGAACCAGUCUAGUCUGGAGCUUCUACAGAGUAUGUUAGAGCAGGUAGAGAAUGAACUGGACUCUCUGGAUCCACAGGAGCCUUCAAGCUCUGAAGCUGGACAUCAGCAAUGGAAACAGGGCCUGACCGGCUUCUCUGUUGCUUUAGUAUCUACGGUUGGACGUCUAGCCAGUCAUUUAAGAAAGAAGGAAGAGCAGUCCCAACAGGAGGCCGAGAAGAGAAGAAAGCUAGAGGAGGUUUUGAAGGAGCAGAGGGCUUUGAUCGAUGCUCUAACUGUGGAGUCUCUCACAAUGCGAGAUGAGACAGCUGCUCUGCAGGUGAGGUUUCAGCAGCAGGUAUCUGAACUGGAACAGCGUCUGGAUGCUGUAGUGCUUGUUCUGGGAGGAUCAGAUUCUGCAGUUCACAUUCUAGACGACACGGCUCAAAAAGGUGGGUAUCAUGAGACAGUACAUGGCUGUAUUGAAAAAUAUCAACAUGUACAGCAACAGGACACCAUCACUAGAGCUGUGCUGCUCUCUCCACCUCGGCAGAGAGAUGGUCUGCCCCCUGCAGCGUCUUACACACGAUCACACGCACCUCCGCUGCCCUAUAGUGGCUCCUGCACUGCAACAGGAAGUCAGUGUUCACUGGAGGAUUUGGACAUCCCCUGUUCUUCUUCCUCAUACGCCAGCCUGCCACGCCCCACUCCUCUACUGGACUUUCUUUCCCAGGAUGCCAGGAUCGGGGAUGUUGUCGAGUUUACACAUCAGAAUGCAGAAAUCCAGGCCCAGCUGGAUCAAAACCGCCCAACUCCAGCUGGAGCAUCAGUAUCCAGAGAGGAGAGUGCCACCAGGUUGUCUUCAACCAGUUUUGUAGCAAGACCAGCAUCAGAUCAACAACACACACAGCAGCCUGUUUGUGUACAGAGAUCUUCAACGACAGAUAUUGAACAAAAACUGCAGGAGUUGAACCGACAAACCGCAGAAGCUAGAGCUAAACUAUUAGAACUCAUUGAGCAACAGAAACAGAGUUCGUCUCUUAGAGUUUCCCCUGUAAUUUCUCCAGUACCACAUCAUUCAACAAGCAUUUAUACAGCUGUUAAAGGCUUAACGCCAGAGCCAUUUCUGACAAUUCCUGAGAGAAACCAUUCACCACAGCCCACUGUAAGCGGCACAAGUUCAGCUGGAAGACUAUCACCACAAAGUUUAGAAAGUUUGGAAAUCCAAGGCAUUCAGAGUCAAGUGGGCAAGGUGAAAGGAGAGGGCUGGUUUGCUUUGUCCGCUCACGUCAAAUAACUUGAGUUCAGGAAAAGGACAAGUUAUGUAAAAUGCUACAUUUACAAUCGCAUUUUAAAUGCAUCCUAAUAUCGGGUCCUCAUAUGGCUCACGUUUCUAUAAAAGUUCUGGUUGUGUUGACGGCAUAUUUGUCAGCAACAAGAAUAAAAAAUCAAGUGUUAGAAUGGACAGAGAUUUUUACAAGUUAAUCUUCAUUCUGUUUGGCGAAGUUUAGAGUUAGUUGUCCAAAUGUUUUACAUGAAGUAUACAAUUUCCUUUUAACUUAUUUUAAAUAUCAAAGUGUCUAUAAACUGACUGUAACUUAUUCAUUGUAUUGUUUCUCUUUUUGUAAAGAACUUCAUGGUGCAACAAUAAAAUUUUGAUAACUAAAUGCUUUAUUUGUUGUUGUCACAUUUCACUGCAAUUAUUUUCUAAUCACAGCAACCAAAAAUGGAACGCAGCAGUAUUUGAAGCUAAAAACCUUUACUUAUUCUAGUAAACUUGAUCAUAAUAAUAGUCUUCCAUACAAAAGAGAAUUACUGCAGUGUAAAAAAAUAAGAGACCAUUUUUAAAUUAAUUCCAACAUACGGUGGUGUUGCGCUCCGGGCGACCCGAGUUCGAGGCUCAUGGUCCUUUCCCAAUCCCAUCCCCCCUCUCACCCACUUCGUUUCCUGUCCUCAUUGUUACUG